AUGUCAGGUCUAUUACCCGUCGAUUUCGCUACCACACAGUUCACUUCCAAUAUGAACUCAGCCGAUUCCCUUUCCAACAAUCUCAGAAAUCUGCAUUUGGAUAGGGAUGAACAUGCACAGUCGGUUUUGAAUGAUCUUGGGGAUUUGCAACUGGGUGGAGGGCAACCAGCUCCUCUGGCUGCCAAUAAUUCGGGCAUCAGCUCUCAUGAUGCCAACGAAUUUGACGAAGAUUUUGAAGAAGCCUGGGAGGAUGAAGCUUUCAAUGUCAUGGAUGAGAGCACGCAGGCCGAUCCCAGCACUUCCCAACAAACCCCUGCCAAGUCAAAUAUUCGGCUUGCAAUGCAGCAAGGAAUGAAAGUCAACUGCAUCAAGUGCAGAAUUCCAAACACGUACAAAGUAUCGCAAGUUUGGUUACCCAAUCCCUCCCAACCAGAUCUCCUUGCUCCUUAUUCGGCCAAUACCAAAAGCCAUUUGCACAUUGGCGCAUGUGCCAAGUGCUCUUUCGGAACUUGCUUGGCUUGUGGUGUAGCUCCACAUCUAAAGGAGUGCACCUUUUCGGAUACCAGGACAGCCUGGGAGGCCUUGUGCGCUGUCGAAGAUGCUGCAAUCAACUUCCGGAACGAGUCACCCCAUCUCCCAUUAACUCACGCAACCAGAGAAAUUCUUUCUCCUCUUUUGAAAUGCUUGACGACACUAAACAUUACUGUCGCCAGAAACGAAGCGCUUACUUUUGGGUUCGACCAGCUUCUGCGCAAGAGCAUGCUUCUCGAUUUAGUUGCGGAUUUCAUGAGAGACAUGACUGUCCGGACCAUGGAAUUAACUCCACUACUCAUUCAAGUAUUGGAGUUCUUGCACAUGUUGGCCGAGAACGCCGAAACGAGGAAGUUGUUCUUCGAAAAACGACAAGUAUUGAAGACAACAUCACCUGGUCUUCAGACUUUGGCUUUCCCUUUGGUGCUGCUUUCAGUCCAACAAGAAUCUGCAUACGACUGGAACGAUAGGGAUGCCAGAACGUACACUCUUUGGCCAUUAUUGCAAAAUUGCCUAAACGUCGCCCAGCAAUACAUGCGCGAAAAUCACGACGACGUUUGGUCUACGGCUCUGGUUGCCCUCGUCCAGGGAGUUUGUGAUAUCUAUGAAUUGGUGGCCAGCUCGGUGCCACCAAAGCCUCUUGAGCUUACCUAUACGCAUCAUAAUCAACACGAAUUGGGAUAUGCCAUCGGGUUGAAAGAACUGUUUGCGGUUGCGGUUGCUAAGAAGGCGGAAGCUAAGAAAGUAGCUACGCAGAAAGAUACCAGCGAGAUGGAAGUCGACCCCCCCCUGAAGAAGCGUGGUCGUGCUCGGGCUCGGGCAGAAGCUCAGGACAUUGAUCAAGAUGAGGCCAGCAGGUCAGCAAAGAGAAGAAAUGCUGGCAGGAGAUAG